UCGGCGUGCAGCUACACAUACAGUAAAGAUCAUCAAAACUGGAUAUAAUACUAUUCAGCUAGAUCAUCAAUCCCCGAAUCACAACCGGAUUCUGUUCGACAGACCAUGUCCACCGUCCACAUAAGCAUCACACCAAGUCACCAAUCAGCCUGUCACUACUAUUCCUCAGUCCUCACGCGAUACCGAGUCCCACCCAGAUCGGUUCCAUGGCAACCACAAAUCCCAGUCCAAGGUCCGUAAUAAUGCACAAGUGGAGGCGCCAAGACAGUACAAUCGAAAACAACAGCAACGGAAUCCUUGACCCAAACUCCCUUGUAACGACUAUGGCUGCAAGGGGCAAAAACAUAUAAACCGAGCAAGAGCCACUUCUUUGUUCAUCUCGUGCUAUUUCUCCAUAAGACCAUUGAUGCCUUACCUAGCCAGUGCAUAACUUGAGGAUCUGGCUUCCAUGCUAGUUUCAUCAGAAACCAUGAAGCCACACCAAUUUUCAAACAAGACACACAACAACAAAUUGUACAUACCUCCCCUCGGCCUCGCUCUUGUGCUGCUAAUCUCAUUGGCCUCUCCCACAAGUUCCUGCACGGAGCAUGAGAAGACCUCCCUUCUCCAGUUCCUUGCUGGGCUGUCGAGUGACGGUGGCCUCGCUGCCUCAUGGCAGGAUGGCAUGGAUUGCUGCACGUGGAGAGGGAUCACCUGCAGGCAAGAUAGCAUGAUCACCAGUGUCAUGCUGGCUUCAGAAGGCCUAGAGGGGCACAUCUCGGAGUCCCUUGGAAACCUCACCGGGCUGCAGUACCUUAACCUCUCUCACAACUCGCUGUCUGGUGGUCUGCCACUGGAAUUGGUGUCGUCCAGCAGCAUCACCGUCCUUGAUGUCAGUUUUAACCAGCUCAAUGGAACACUCCACGAGCUGCCAUCUUCAACCCCUGCCCGGCCACUGCAGGUACUGAACAUCUCAAGCAACCUAUUUGCAGGACAGUUUCCAUCCGCCACUUGGAAAGCAAUGGAGAAUCUGAUAGCACUCAUUGCAAGUAAUAACAGCUUUACAGGGCAGAUGCCAACUCAUUUUUGUAACAGCUCACCAUCCUUCGUGGUGCUUGAUCUGUGUUUAAACAAAUUCAGUGGCAACAUUCCCCAACGGAUUGGUGAUUGCUCCAAGCUGAGAGACCUCAGGGCUGGGUACAACAACCUCAAUGGAACACUUCCAGAUGAACUUUUCAAUGCAACCUCGUUGGAAUACCUGUCCUUUUGUAAUAAUCAUUUAAAUGGAGUUAUUGAUGGUGCGCACAUAACCAAGCUCAGAAAUCUAGCAACACUUGAUCUUGGAGGGAACAACUUCAGUGGCGAGAUUCCAGAUUCCAUAGGCCAGCUCAAGAAAUUGGAGGAGUUCCAUUUGGACAACAACAAAUUGUCAGGGGAGCUGCCAUCAGCUCUAAGCAACUGCAUGAAUCUCGUAGUGAUUGACCUCAAGAAUAACAAUUUCAGUGGACAGCUCGCCAGGGUCAAUUUCUCCAACCUUCCCACUCUGAAAACAUUAGACCUUAUGAACAACAACUUCACUGGCACAGUUCCAGAAAGCAUUUACUCUUGCAGCAAUCUGAUUGCACUGCGGCUAGAUGGCAACAAGUUACAUGGGCAGCUUUCACCACAAAUAAGCAAUCUGAAGUCCCUCUCCUUCCUAUCACUUGGUAAAAACAAUUUCACAAACAUCACAAAUACGCUUCAGAUCCUUAAGAGCUGCAGGAACAUUACCAGUCUGCUUAUCGAUGAUAACUUCAAGGGAGAGCUCAUGCCAGAGGAUGACAGCAUUGAUGGCUUUGAAAAUCUCCAGGUUUUAGACAUGAAAAAUUGCCAGUUGUCGGGAGAAAUACCUCUAUGGAUAUUAAGGCUCACGAAAUUGGAGAUGUUAGUUUUAAAUAGCAAUCAACUCACUGGGCCAAUACCUAGCUGGAUCAACUCCCUGAGAUUUCUCUUCUUUAUGGAUGUGUCAAAUAACAAUCUUAUAGGAGAAAUUCCAUUAACCUUGAUGGAGAUGCCAAGGCUAAAAUCAAUUGGAAACGCGACUCAUCUGGACCCGAGGCUUUUUGAGCUGCCUCUUUAUAAAGGUCCAUCACUUCAAUACCGUGUGGUUACAUCUUUCCCAAACACGUUAAAUCUAAGCAACAACAACUUCACAGGUGUGAUUCCCCCACAGAUUGGUCAGUUGGAAGUGCUUGGUGUACUUGAUUUCAGUUUUAACAAGUUAUCCGGGCAGAUCCCACAAGCGAUUUGCAGCCUCACAAACUUGCAGGUGCUAGACUUGUCCAACAACAAUCUCACAGGUGAUAUUCCAGCUGCAUUGAAUAGCCUGCACUUCCUUUCAGCAUUCAACAUUUCGAACAAUGACCUACAAGGGCCUAUUCCUUCUGGAGGCCAGUUUGAUACAUUUCAGAAUUCUAGUUUCGAUGGGAACCCAAAGCUGUGUGGCUCUGUUCUCACUCAAAAAUGCAAUUCAUAUUCAGCAGAAGAACAUCACAUUCUGUCAGCAAAACAAACUGACUACAAGGUGGCCUUUGUGAUUGCCUUCAGUGCAUUCUUUGGAGUAGGGGUUCUGUAUGAUCAGUUAGUCUUGUCAAGGUAUUUCGGCAAGUCCUACUUCACUUCACCCAUUAGUUCAGUGCGUUAAUAUAAGGUUGCUACUCAGGUUUAGCAACACGUCCAACAAACACAAGCUUCUCCUGUAGGUGUGAGUCACAAUUAGGUUAACAAAAAGUAUUCCAGGGUGAAGAGUGAUUUCAUUCUGUGGAGAUGUAUAAAAGCAUGUAACAGUGUAAUUUUUAUAUACUAAUAGCUUUCAUUUCA